UUCCAUCAUCCCUCCGCAAUCCAACCUCUUAAAAUUUCCCUCUCCAACCCGCGCGCAACUCCCACUUAGCAGAAACCUAACAACUCAGAGACACUGGUCGCCGGCCGCGCUUGGCUGCCUUUUUCCUUGCGUCGUAUCUUUCUCUUCUCUUUCGCUACCAUUUGUGUCGCAACGAACCAUCGGCGAGUGCAGAAUAGCCAUUCUGACAAGCCUUUAAUUCGACUGUGAUACUGAGUUGGGACCUCGGCACAUCGUCAUCGGUCACGGCCACGGCCUGUCCCUGCCUGCAUCUGUGUUUUACGCCUGCGCUGGGGCGAGAGGAAAAACAACGAAAGAGUCGGACUGAAAAAACACUCGAUUGAAGACAGAACGAUUCUUCUAUCAGGAGUUGUACCUCCCAGGUCAUCACGCCUGGUCACGCAAACCUCUAACAAGAGUUGUUUCGACACGGAAGCUCUCGAAAAGCGGACAUUGGUCCGAAAAGCCAGCACUGACCUAGCUCAUGAUGGCGGGUAGAGGUUAUCCCUCGAGAGACGGACCUGAGCAGUCCAACUAUCCUUCGCCUCCGGGUGACGACGAAGAGAGGCGAUCACAGUAUCCCUUGCCGCCAUUAACGACCACCAACAUGGCGAUGCACCCAUCGGCCCCGGCCCCAGCUCCGGCCAACGGCUAUCCCCACGAUCAGCGCUACCCAGAUCAAAGAUUCGCGGCCGGACAGAGGUACCCCCAAGAUCCAAGAGGGGAUCCCAGAGGCGACCCCAGAGGCGCCUGGACAGAUGCACGGGCUCAAACGAAUAAUGGAUACGGCUCGCCAAAUCCACCGCCUCCCGGCAGCUAUCCCUCGAUGUCUGCGACUCACCCCCCCGGGUACGCCCCGCCGAAUUUGAAUCCGCCCGCGAGUGGAUAUGCUCCCCCGACUUCGCAGUACCAACUGCCGCCAGUUCAAGCCGCACAAGAUCAAAGGCCGUAUGACGACAGAAGGCCUUAUGAUGAGAGGGGACAGUACCCAGACAGAGGCAUGCCGUCGGAUCCGUACUACCAGCAGGGUCCGCCACACCAGGGACGCGGCGGCGGGUAUGGUGCAGACGUAUAUCAGUAUCGUUAUCCUCCGUCGCCCAACUACCCAUACGGACCCGGUGCUCCUGCGGCCCCGCCUCCGCAGCCGCAGCAAGCUGCUCCGCGUCAACGGACCUCGAUCGCGUGCAAGUAUUGCCGGAAAAGGAAGAUCCGAUGCAGUGGGUAUCAGAAUACGACGAAUGGCAAGUGUUCCAACUGCGACAAACUGCGUAUCGACUGCAUCUUUCAACCUGUUAGCAGCAAUCCAUCGACGGCAUUUGUUCCCGUAGCAGCGGUGGCAGGCGGUGUUCCUCCUGGAACACCUUUGUAUGGAGCAUAUGGUCAGCCUCUGCCUUCUUCUGCGCAGCCACAGCCGCAACCGCCGCCGCCUCGUGGCUAUCCGCACUCGGCAUCAGAGUACCCUCCUCCACCUCAAGUUCAGUCACCCAGUCUCCAUUACCCGCCAUUCGAUGACAGAGACGCCAGUCGCCGGAGACCUCGCCCACAAGAUGAGGAACAUGCGAUGCGGCUACCUCCCCCGAACAACGCUCGCGACGAUGAUCCCCGGCGCAGGUCCCCAGCUUCUAUCCACAGCAAUGGAACACCGCCGAUCUAUCCGCAACAAUAUCCCCAGGGUGCCUAUGAACCAGAUAGGUCGCCCACUCCUCACAGGAAUAGCCCCGGUAACCCCGCGCCGACUAUUCCGUCACAGCCAAGCGCGCGUCCUGGAAUUCUUCCUCCCAACGCCCCGAACCCGAUGAGCUUGGAUCGGUUUUUAGAGAAUGACUCCCACAGAGACACGAAUAGGAUUGACCGCGAUAUGCUCGGCAGGCUCAACAGGCGCAGCUAAGAGCGGCUCCUUUUCGAUGCUUAAGGGGGGCUUGGGCCAGUCUUUUGGUGUGGCUUGAAAAGACGCUGGGUGUCCAUGUUUCCGCAUGACUAUCGCCCCGCUGAGCGGGAGCGAGAGGGGAAAGUUGAUGAUCUAAUCUCAUUGUGUUAUUUUGUGUUUAAGGUCUGCCGCAGGUUGCUUUUUUUGUAUGGCUCUGGUUUGCUUUAUCUUCACGCACGACUCGGGAACGAAGAGCCAUAAGCAGAGGGCGGGUGGAUUUGUACUUGAAAAGAUCCGGCUGCCUCAAGGCUAAAAUGGGUGUUGGGUGGCUCUCGUCGUUUGUCUGGUAUGUUACAUGUUACUCGCUUCUCUUUUAUAAUGGCGCGCAACGGGUACACCAUUUGUGGUCAGCGGCAUGCUUUUCGGUGGGAGGCUAUUUUAUCAGUUAUUUAUGUACUGCAAUCGCAUCAGCUCUUUUGAGCCAUGAUCUGUAGUUCUAAACUCUAGCGUUGAAGGUG